AAAAAAAGAUUCUACCUAAGGAUUCAACACCACCGCCACCACCACCGCUACCAGUGCCACUACCACCUUCAGUACCGCUUCCACCUCCACUACCACCUUUACCUCCAAUGUUACCACCAGAAAAUCAAACAACUGAACCGAAUAAUGCUCAACCUGGAUGGAUUUCAUGGGCAUGGUCUUAUGUUCCAGCAGUAACAACACUUUUUGCUGAAGACGAUCCUACAACAGAUGUAAAUGAUUCUAAUACUGUACCUAUUGAAGAAGAAGGAAAGACUGAUCUUCCAUCAGAAGAACAAAAUACAUUGAUAACAAAUAAUAAUAAUAAUAAUCAUACUCCAACACCUCUUCUUUUUGCUGGUAUUGAUUUAGAUCGAAUUAGUUUACAAUAUAAAAUUACAAAAACAAAUGGAGAUAAAUCCUCUUUAGUUCCAUUCAUUGCCUUUACUGUCGAAAAAGCAAAUAUUAUUGUUGAACGUUAUAAACCAACAAGUACAACAGCACUUGAUGGUCAAUCUGUUGUUUCUCGUGUACGUAAAGUAAAAGUAUCAACAUCGAAAAUGUCAUUAGUAUGGAAUGAACGUUUAUGUCUUUCAUUAUCUGAUGUUCAUUUUACAUUACAUUAUGAUCGUCAUGUACGUAUGACACGAUUUUCAUUAAUUAUCAAUGAUUUAAAUGCACGUUUAAAUAAUAAUUUACUUAUAUAUCCAUGUCAAGCAACAUUAAAACUUGAUCAUCAUCGAACAUAUUCAUUACUUCAUCUUGAAAUUUCAUCAUUAAAUGGAAAAAUUGAUUUUAAUAUAUUAGCAUAUUUAAUAACAGUAAUUAAUCAAAUACGAGCAAUAGUUACUUCGUCUAUAUCAUUAUUUCGACUUGCAAAAACAAUUGAACAUAUCGAUGAUGAUAAUAUAUCAGUUGAUGAUUUAAGAAAUGGUUCAAUG